UUUCCUUCAAUCAAAAUUGCCCCUAUGGGAGGUAAUCUGGUUUUAAUCGAUGAUGAGGAUCCGGAGCAUGUCAAGGAACUGGUAGAUGGGAAUUUACAGUGGGUGACAGCUUAUUUUGAUAGAAUUAAGUACUGGGCUCCAUCAGACAUCGCAGAGGAAAGAUUUGUGUGGGUGAGAAUCCAGGGGUUACCCAUACAUGCCUGGUCUGAAGAAAGUUUGUCAACAAUCGGUAACCAGGUGGGUAAACUGGUUUCAAUCGAUGAGUAUACACUCUCUAAGGAAUGCCUGGAUGCAGCAAGAAUGUUAGUCUCCACCAAGUCCAAAUUGGCGAUAAAUGAAGACUUCAUUCUCAAAGUGAAGAAUAAGAGCUUUCACAUUGCUGUAGUGGAGGAAAAUUGGAGGACUGAUCCAUGGUGGCUGAAGAAAAUUGCUAGCUCAAUUGAUGAGUCAGAAGCGAGUUCAACGGGUUUCAACUUCGGUGAAGAUUCCGGCGAUUUUGACGAUGACAGCAUGAACGGGUUACAGCAAGACGAAUUUCAAACACUUACCCAAAGAGUCAAUGGCAUUAAUUGCUCUGACAUAGUGCGCGGCUCAAAGAAAUCUGCUGAAAUGGGCAAGUUUUGCAACGGCACUCUAUCAAAUCAAGAGUGUGGGGAACAGAGAGAGGAGCGGGAAAGCAGGGGAAUAAAUCAGCUCAACAGAUUGUGUACAGACCUGGAUUCUGAAGUGCAAGUAAUCCAAGAAACGGCCCAACUUGGAAGCCCAGAAGACAGCAAGAAUGAAGCCCAGUUGGUUAAGAAUAAAACAAAAAGGGGUGACCAGGAGCAAGGCGGGCUUCAAGUGGACAAAAGCUCUAAUAAGAGCCCUUCUCUACCGCUUGAAACGAGGGCUGGAUUAACAAAGCUGAUAACUGGGACAAAACGUGGAAGGAGGAGAAAAGCAACCAUCCAGCCGGUCAACUUCGGUGGUGAAUCCCCAAUCGGAUCUCUAUCGGACAGUGACAUCUUAUACAACAAUAGAAGAAUCAAAGAAGGCAUGAUUGCAGAGGAAGCGAAGAAGGUGCUGGAUUUCGGGAGCAAGCUAGGAAUUCAGACCAAAAAUCAAGAAGAGCAGAUCUUAGAAAGGUUCAGGCGAAUGGAAGAGAGGGACAUGCAGGGGUUUGUUCGUGAGCCACUAAGGUAGGCUUUUCUGUCAAUUAUUUCAGAAACCCUUAUAAAUGAAGCUGCUUUCU